UUUACAUCACAUCAGAGCCAAAGAUUGAUAACAAGCCUCAUGACGUUUAGGAAACACGUACAACUAAGUGCUAAGUUAGCAUCUUGUAGAAUAAUGUAAAAAAAAAACAGCAUAAUGUCACUUUUCAAGAUACGUGAUACCCGCGCCGGAGCGCCACACUCCGGGCACAUCACAUAGUACUACCAGAGACGACACUGUCAAAAAUCAGGUAGUAUCAACGCCAGCUUGAGAACUAUGCGUUUGGUGGGAUUCCUGUUGCGACAUUUAGGUGUUAUCCGUGGAAUGUUUUGACACGUGACCACCUAACAGUUUUAUCAAUACAAAUCAAUUAUCUGGCCUAUAUCUAUUUGGGUAAAUAAACACACUUCUUCAUUCUGUAGUUUGAUAUCUGACAUUCGCGACGUCAAGUUAAUAACACAACACAACUCCUAGGAAAAAAUCCUCCGGGCGCUAAUGGACAUAAGCGGGAAAUAUGGUAAGCAGUUGGGCGCGCGAACAUCAAAGGGACCGACAGCAGGUGUCGCAUGUGUAUAAUCUGUGAUUCUGUGCUCCGGGUGUAUACAACUCUCAAUUCAAAAGCACUGGAAACGAAAGCAGCUCAAGUGUGCCCAUGUGCAAAAACUGACAAGUGCAAAGAACAUCUUGAUGAAAGCUGUGCCGUUGUUUAGAUGUAGUUCACGCUGCUUCCGUGAUUGAUGCGAGUGGUGUUUGACAAGAUUCGAUUUGACAGAUAUUUAACCUUCAAAUAAAUUAAAAAAAAAUUUAAACGUGGGCCCCUUUUUAUUGCACCUUAUUCAAAAUUCCACUUUGCAAUGGCUUUGUGGAAUAUAAAGGAUCUUGCGCUACCUCCAAUAGCUACUUAUAAAGCAAACACGAAAGACAUUGACAUUGUGUACUUGCGGCAGGUGUGCAGAGAUUCAAGGCAGUUCUUUGAAGAUAAAAAAAUCAUGCACGCUGAAUACCUGAUACUAUCAAGAAUAGUUUAUCGUAUGAAGCAAAAAUUUCGCUCUGCAAAAGAUUUCAAAGCAGUGGUGAAGAUGUACAAGACUCUGGAUAACUACUUCAAAAUAAACAUAGCUGAAUACAUCAACACAUUCAUGGAGCUUAUUCCUUAUAAUUAUGAAGAUGAUUCAACAUAUCUCCCAACAAAAAAUUUGGUUGACUACAUAUUAGUCAGACACCAAGGCAUAGUAAAACUACUAGUUCGGAUUGUAGAAACAUCAAAACUUGCAGCACAUUUAUUAGAAGAAAGAAUACAUAUUGGUCACUCAUGGCAGGGUGCUUUUAUAUUAUUUGCGAUAGCUUCAAGAGUAUAUGUUUUAAGCAAAUUUAUAAUUCAAAAGGCUUGUGAUUUUUAUCAAAAACUACUCCCGUUCUCAAGUAAAUUGAAAAAUUUGGGUACUGAUUGGUUGAAAAGUGACUAUAAGCUACCAAAAGACCUUAGACAAUGGUUAAAUGUUGACUGGUUAGAUAUUGAUGAUGAGGUGAAAAUACUUGAGGAACCUGAAAUUCCAAGAAUCACAGAUUUCUUUGAUCUUGUUGAUGAUGAGGAUGUUCAAUUUUGUGAUGAAUACAUUGUCCUUGAUGACUCUUUGCUUAAUAGAAAAGGUAAUAAAAAUAAUACUAUGUUAGAAUAUAGCAUCAAGUCAUUGAGAGGAUUUGAUUUAGAAGAUGAAGGUGAAAUAAUUGAAAUAGAUAGCAUGAGACAGAAUACCUCCUCUAAUUGUGAGAGUUUUGGAAAAUUAUUGGAAAAAGACUUACAAUUAUUAGUAAACGAUAUGACGGUAAUUCCUGCCAAAGGCACAGUUUGUUCAAGCAAUGAUGUGUUAGAUGAAUCUACAAAACAUAUAGAGGAUAAUGAUGAUUUAACUCUCUCAUUUGGAGAUAUCUCAGCUAUCCCAAAUCCAAAUGAUACUACACUUACUAGAGAAAAUGUAGAUAAACUACAUUCUACUGCUAUACACCCAGAUGAACUGACAGUUCAAAAUAUUAAUGAUAAUGCCUCAUUUAUCCCUCAUUCAGAGAGUCAAUGUUCUUUAAACAAAAAAAGUGAUACCAAUAUACCAUCAAAUUCAAGAACGGUAGAUAAUUCAGUGGAGAUAAUAGAAAAAGAUGUGACAGUCAUUUCAAUCCAUGAUACAACACAAGAUAAAGCAUCAUAUAAUCCUGAAGUAGAUGUUUGCUCGUCCAUAUCAUGUAAAAAUAAGAAAAAUGUUGAGAAUGUCCUACCAUCUAUAUCAAACAAUACAACGAGAUCCUCACAGACCUUAAAGAAGAAGAAACAAAGAAAAAUAUUAGAUACUCCAAAGUAUAAUGAAACUAUCUUCCCGUCAACCUCAAAAACAGGUAUCAAAACAGAUUGUAAUAGUAAACCACAGAAGCUAAGCAACAGCACCAAAUCUGUAACAAAAAUUCAUAAGGCAAGUGAUGUUUCAGAUUUUGAUGUAACGUUACCAACAGGCUUUGUUACAAGUGAUGUUUCAGAUUUUAAUGUAACUUUACCAGCAGGCUUUGUUGUCUUAUCAUCAGAUUCUGAGGACUUAGAUAGUACUAUUGUAGAGAGCUGUGUUUCAAUGCAGAAGGGACCAGAAAAGUCAAGGUUUCAAUCACAUUAUAUCAGUGAUGAUAGUGAUGAUGCAGAUUUGCAGGACAGUUGGUUUUUUGACUAUAAUAGAAGUGAAAUAGCGAUAACAAAAUAUAAUCACAUGAAUAGAAAUUUUAUUGGUGAACCCAGGUUUCCUUCAGGACACACACCAGGUAAAAAUAAGAGGCAUAAAAAGAAAAGAAGUGUUAGUAAUAGUGAUUUUACUGCAAAUCCACCAAAAAGAGCAAGAUUGGAGAGAGAUCAAAAACCAGAUAUAACAAAUAGAAAUUUAAUUGAACACAUUGAGCCAAAUGUUAAGGGAAAAAACAGAAAAGGCAGAGGCAAGGGGAAGUCAAAAAGAUAUUACAAUAUGAAGAUUGCUGAAUGAAGUAUAUAUAUAUAUAUGCGCCAAUCCCGUACUUGUAAUAUUGCUGUAUUUUGCAAUAUUAAACUGUUCUACUGUACUUUGUUGUUGUUAAUGAUAUUACUCAUCAUACAAUAAUGUUAUAUGCACAUAGCCAAUAGAUUUAAGAAAAAAAUACUGGUGGCUCAAUAUCAAUUCUUAUCAAUUUUCAUCCAUACAUGGUUAUCACUGCCAUAUUUAUUUCAAAGUGCUUUCGUGGGGACAACGAGAAGCUAUUGCAAGCAUGUUACAGUGCACGUGGUGUAAACAAAUUUAAGACGAGUGCACGUGGUGUAAACAAAUUUAAGACGAAACAUGGAGUUGUCUCGAGAGAGUUAUCGCGCUAUGAUUUACUAUGAGUUUAAUGUCGGUUGUAUGGAACGGUUACAAAAGGCAUUUGGUAAUGCAGCUCCGUCGCCAGGCAAGUGCGUUUCGCUGGUAUGCCGAAUUUAAAAGAGGGCAUGUUUCAUUGGCUGAUGAAGAACGUAGUGGUAGGCCAAGUUGAAGUGUGACUAUGAAAACAUUGCAUUCCAAGUUCAGCGGCUAAUUGAAGAAGAUUCUCGCUGCAUAUAUGCGACUAUAGAGGCAACUCUUGGGGUAGGUUCCGCAACAGUGCACACAAUUUUGAAUGAUCAUCUUCAUUUAAAAAAAGUUGUUGCGUGCAAUCCGGCAUCACGACAAUGCCUAUAGCCACACUGCCCAACUAACCGUAGACUUUUUACGCCAGCGCCACAUCAAAAUGCUAGAGCAUCCGCCUUAUUCGCCAGAUUUGGCAAUGUGUGACUUCUGGCUCUUCAACAAUUGGAAAAAAAAUCUGCGUGGUCGUAAUUUUCGUUGUUGAAGGCAUUCCAAAAACUGACUGGUUAAAAGCAAUUCAUUUGUGGAAGGUUAGGCAACAGAAGUGCACUAAUGCUGUAGGAGAAUACUUUGACCAUAAAUAAAUAAACUAGUUUACGAAAAACAGUUUUUAGUUUUCGUGUAUCUCAAAAUAUAUAGCGUGGCCCUCGUAUUUAUAAUAAUUUGUAUUGGAUAAUGAAUGAUAGAGAUUUUGUUUGCAUGAGGAACUCUGGAUUAGUUCAUCUGGAUUUCAGUUCGGAAUUUCCUUGUGGCACUUUCCAAAGUUUAUGUACUAAAUAUUAUUUUUCUCUUGUUUUAUUGCAGUCUGAUGUGAGAGUUGCAAUUACAAUGGUAAAUUAAAAGCAUAGCUGAGAAAAAAUUCACUCAUGCAAUGAUAAAGUAUCAAAAACUUUUGGAUAGUCCAUAACUUUAUUAGUUUUUGUGUGUGCCAAAAUGAGAAAAUCACAAUGUAUUUUAUUGAAUUCUAUGUUCAAUCUUCUUCUCUAUCAUUUGAGCUGUUUCAAAAGCCUGCUAAUAAUUUCAUUAAAAGCAAUUUGAGAUACAAGUGAAGGUAUUUGUCAUUAAAAAAUUCCAAAAUCAGAUUCACUUAAUUUUUGUGAUGUCCUCUAAGUUUGGUUUGCCCCUGAAAGGUUAUUUCACAAAAAUUUGUUUGUUUCAUACUUUUUAUGCAGAUAGGUAGUAUGUAAUAGAAUGUACAUAUAAUACAGGAAAGCAUUGUUUCUUUUGAG